AUGGCGGCGUCUCUAAGUAGAGAUAUUGUUGAAUAUCAUCUUAAAGGAAAGGUAAAAUGGCUUGAUGUACGACGUAAAGAACCAGAGAAGCGAGCCAAACCAGGCUAUUUAGAAAUUCGACGAUUGAACAAUAACUACGAAAUUUAUUGCGCUCAUUUAUAUAAUGGCAAUGGUCAAAUUAUAAGGAAAACAAGUAAAGUCUACAAGUUGGAUGUUUACAACUUGCACACAGUAAAUGUUGACCUCUCAGAAAAUGGUAAAAUGAAUUUGGAAUUCAAUAUGUAUGGAAAAAUUUGCUUUUGUUUGGAAAAUGGAAACAAUAAGGAUAUUAAAGAUUUCACAGCUGUUUUGCAUCGCAUCAAGUGUGAAACUGUGUCAAAAGAAGCUAGUGGUAAUUUGAAAAUUCAACAUUUUUUGAAAGGUGUCAAGCCUGGGAAUUUGUCUCGUGAAUUUCAAACACCAGAAAAGGAAGAGUGUGUUGAAAUGUUUAAAGGUGUGUAGCUUUACAUGCAAAUGUUGUUUUGAUAAAAUUCUUCC